AAAGUUAGUGUUGAAAGAGGGGAGAAGGGAGCAUUAGGCAACAGUGAUGAGAAGAGUGUUACUGAGAAGAGGUUCUCCGACAUUGAUCGCACCCUUUCUCCUUCGAUAUCAAUCAUUACAAACAACGCCACUCCCUCCCCCAGAAGUGGUCGAACCCUUCUGCGACCUCUCCGACGUCGUUUCCACCCCGCAACCCUCUCCAUGGCUCACCCAAAUCCUCAGCCUCCUCGACGGUUCUCCUUCCAUGGAGUCCAAACUCAACUCCUUCUGCCACCACUUCCUCAUCACUCUCUCCCCCGCCUUCGUCUCCUACACGCUCCGCUCCCUCACCAACCCCCUCAUCGCCACGCGCUUCUUCGCCUGGGCCUCAACGCAACCCCGCUACUCCCACUCCCUCGACUGCCACGUGUCCCUCAUUCACACCCUUCUCUCCCACUCCCACGACCCCGCCGCCUUCCGCCGCGCCUUCGCCGACCUCCGUGGUAACCGCCUCCCCAUGACCCUCCCCGCCGCGAACUUCCUCGUUAGUAGCCUCGCCAAUGCCGGCCUCAUUGAGGAGCUUCUCUGGGUUUGGCGUUCCAUGAAGGAGGCCAAUCUCCAACCCACUUUGCUCACUUAUAAUUCCCUCCUCAACGCGCUGGCCAACAACGCGCUCGCCGACUCGGCGGAGCGCGUGUUUGCCGCCAUGAAGGACGGGGUUGUGAAGCCUGAUGUUGUCACCUACAACACUCUGAUCAAGGGGUACUGCAAGGUGGGGAACACGCGCAAGGCGUUGGAGGUGGUUAGAGAAAUGGAGGUGGAAAGAUUGGAGCCUGAUGUGGUUACUUACAUGACGCUUGUGCAGGCUUGUUACAGUGAGGGUGAUGUAGAUUGUUGUUUGAGGCUUUACCAUGAGAUGGAGGAUAAGGGGUUGAAGGUUCCCCUACAUGUGUAUUGUUUGGUGAUAUGUGGGUUGUGUAAGAAGGGGAAGGUUGUGGAAGGUUGUGUUGUGUUUGAGAAUAUGGUUAAGAAAGGUUGCAGGGCUAAUAAGGCUGUGUAUACUGCAAUGAUUGAUGCUUAUGCUAAGAGCGGGAACUUGGAUGAGGCAAUGAGGUUUUUUGAGAGGAUGAAGGUAGAUGGGAUUGAACCGGAUGAGGUUACUUACGGGGCUGUUGUUAAUGGGUUGUGUAAGAGUGGGAGAUUGGAGGAAGCUUUGGGUUAUUUUCAGUUUUGUAGGGAGAAUGGUGUGGCGGUGAAUGCGGUGUUUUAUUCAAGUUUGAUUGAUGGUCUUGGAAAGGCAGGGAGAGUGGAUGAGGCUGAGAGGUUGUUUGAGGUGAUGGCGGAGGAGGGAUGUCCGCAGGAUUCGUACUGUUAUAAUGCACUUAUUGAUGGACUGUGCAAAUGUGGAAGGAUAGAUGAGGCUUUGGCGCUGUUUAAGCGGAUGGAGCAAGAGGGUUGUGAGCAGACUGUUUAUACCUUUACAAUACUUAUCAGUGAGCUUUUCAAGGAGCAUAGGAAUGAAGAGGCGUUGAGGCUGUGGGAUGUGAUGAUUGACAAGGGUGUCACUCCGAAUGUUGCUUGUUUUAGGGCUCUUUCAAUUGGACUGUGUCUUUCGGGCAAGGUUGCAAGAGCCUGCAAGGUGUUGGAUGAGCUGGCUCCCAUGGGGAUUGUUCUUGAAACAGCUUAUGAAGACAUGAUUAGUGUGCUGUGCAAGGCUGGCCGCGUGAAGGAAGCUUGCAAAUUGGCUGAUGGAAUUGUGGAUAGGGGUAGGGAAAUACCAGGAAAGAUUCGUACUGUGAUGAUUAAUGCCUUGAGGAAAGCUGGUAAUGCGGAUUUGGCAAUAAAGUUGAUGCAUAGCAAGAUUGGUAUUGGGUAUGACAGAAUGCGUAGUGUUAAAAAGCGAGUGAAAUUCCAAACCCUUGUUGAGAGUUGAUUUUUUGGCAACUAGAUAAUGUGCUUGAAAAUUGAUGAAGGCCAAAGCCAGCGCAUAUGAAAGUGUAGCCCAUGUCUAGGUGUUGUUUUGUUGGCAAACUUAUGGAGUUGCUGAGCUGUUGACUCAGUGGUUGGUCUCUGAAAUUCAAUCAAAUGUGUUGUAGAUAGGUAAUUUCAAGAUUAGAUUAUUUCACCCCGAAUCUUUUCCAUUUCAUGUCUAAAUCUCUUCAGAUUGUUUGUGUGAGUAACUUUAGAUGCAAUGUCCUCGUAUAGUGACCUUAAGAAAAGAUACUGCUGGAAACACCAGGUUUUAGCUGAGUCUUUGAAACCCUAAGCAGUGUUUGGAAGGCAAACCCCUCUCUGAAUAUCAGCAGUUGGCUGAUUGUUGGGUGUGAAGAAGAGACUCUUUCUUCGCUAGUAAGUUUGGUUGAGGUGGCUUGGCAGAAGAUCUGCUGAAGGGAUGAUUUCUUCGUUGAAGGUUCUUUUCUUCCUCUUUCUUUGAUGCGCUGUUUUAAUCAUCUGUGAUGUAAUACUAUAGAGUUAGUGUUCCACUGCAGCAGGACUGGACAUGGAUUUAAUUGGCCCCACAGCAUAACUUAAUCUAGAAAUUUAUCCUGCCAAUUUGUUUCAUUUCCACUCAGGGAAGAUGGAUCCACCUCCUGAUAACUCUUCUGGUGGAGGAACCAUUUUCUUUUCCACUGGAGACAUUCCAGCAUUGUUUUGGUUCAAUCCCUGAAAUGCUGAUGAUAUUUUUGCCUAGUUCUUUGGCUUCUUGGACCCGUUUGGGGGUAUGGGAAGAAGUGGUGGCGGCAGCAUGAGAUCCAGGUUCUCUAAUGGCAUGUUAGGUGAUGACAUUGUUAGGUCUUUUAGUGAAGGAGGAGGAGUCCAUGUGAAUCAAAGUGGUCCUCACGAGGUUUCUCCAAUUGAAAACAAGUUGCCCUGCACCCUUGAGGAGAUUUAUAAAGGGACUACCAAGAAAAUGAAGAUCUCUAGCGAAAUUGUUGAUGCCAAUGGGGUUGAAAAGGCUUAUGCAGAUCAACAUUCUGAUGAAGUCUGAUGCCGUGAUGUUUUAUCUUGUUCUUGUUUAACACUGCAGCAGCUUACGACCUACUCAAAAUCUCACCAACCCUAAUCAUGUGGAUGUACAUAAUAGUCUUUUAUCUUCAGCUAACUCUGAAAUGAGUUUUCAUAUUCCCUAGUGGGUGCAGCAAAACCACACAGACGGUUAACGUCGAGCCCAGUUGGAAGAAGGGAACAAAGAUCACCGUCCCAGACAAGGGAAAUGAACAGCCAACGUGACACCUGCUGACACUGUGAACCUCACUACAUUGGAUGCUAGAAACUUAAACUUUUCAACAAUGUUAUCCAUCCUUGUUGCAAGAUAAGGAAUGCCAUUCCCAAAGAAAGGAAAUUUGACCAGCGAUUCUACGUUGUGCACCCAAAACAUUGCAAACCUGAUCACUUUUUCUACAUGGAUAACUGGAUGCAUAAUAAAAUGUGUAUUGUUUUAUGCAUUAUCUGUUGCCCAAUUAUUGCUUGUCAGCUUGUGCUUAUCUCUUCCUUUUUUGGUCAAUUCUUUUGUUCUCUGAAAAAAUGUAUUUAAAAUAAAUUAGUUUUAAUUAUCCAAAAAUUGAAGUUGUAU